AUGGCGAGCUCUGGGGCGGCCGGGCCGAGCGGCGGGGCGUGCGCGGUGUGGCGUGGGCCGCGGCUGCACGCGGGGGCCGCGUACCGCGAAGUGCAGAAGCUGAUGCACCACGAGUGGCUGGGCGCGGGCGCGGGCCACCCCGUGGGCCUAGCGCACCCCCAGUGGCUACCGACGGGAGGAGGCGGCGGCGGCGACUGGGCUGGCGGUCCGCACCUGGAACACGGCAAGGCAGGCGGCGGCGGCACCGGUCGAGCCGACGACGGUGGCGGCGGCGGUUUCCACGCACGCCUGGUGCACCAGGGGGCGGCCCACGCGGGCGCGGCAUGGGCUCAGGGCGGCACGGCGCACCACUUGGGCCCGGCUAUGUCGCCGUCGCCAGGGGCCGGCGGGGGCCACCAGCCUCAGCCGCUCGGGCUGUACGCUCAAGCGGCCUACCCGGGGGGCGGCGGCAGCGGCCUGGCCGGGAUGCUGGCGGCGGGCGGCGGUGGCGCGGGACCGGGCCUGCACCACGCGCUGCAUGAGGACGGCCACGAGGCGCAGCUGGAGCCGUCGCCUCCACCGCACCUGGGUGCCCACGGACACGCACACGGACAUGCACACGCCGGAGGCCUGCACGCGGCGGCGGCGGCGCACCUGCACCCGGGCGCGGGAGGCGGCGGCUCGUCGGUGGGCGAGCACUCGGACGAGGACGCGCCCAGCUCCGACGACCUGGAGCAGUUCGCCAAGCAGUUCAAGCAGCGGCGCAUCAAGCUGGGCUUCACGCAGGCCGACGUGGGGCUGGCGCUGGGCACGCUGUACGGUAACGUGUUCUCACAGACCACCAUCUGCCGCUUCGAGGCCCUGCAGCUGAGCUUCAAGAACAUGUGCAAGCUCAAGCCGCUGCUCAACAAGUGGCUGGAGGAGACCGACUCGUCCAGCGGCAGCCCCACCAACCUGGACAAGAUCGCGGCGCAGGGCCGCAAGCGCAAAAAGCGCACGUCCAUCGAGGUGGGGGGUCAAAGGCGCGCUUCGAGAGCCAACUUUCUCAAGUGUCCCAAGCCCUCGGGCGCACGAAAAUCACGGACCCUGGCCAACAGCCCUGCAGCUGGGAAAAGGAGGUGGGACAAGCUGCCAACUCCCAAGCCUGUGAGAGCCGACCGCAUCUAG